UUACCAACAAAAAUCUAAUCCAUCCUAGCCUACUCAUAGGUUAUGUAUAGAAGGGCUUUUCUGUUGCACGAUCUUGAGUGGUUCUCUAAACUUAGAGUGUCCUUGUUAUACAAAUCAGGGCUUGGGAAGGCUGAGAAGAGCCACACUGAUGUUUGGUGUGCUUAGCAUCUGUGUACUGUUCCCUUUCAUCUGCUUUUGGAUUAGCUGUGUCUUGUACAUUGUAUUAUGCUGCAUUGUGCUGUGACCUGGGCUGCUGUUAUCCUCAAAACCAGCAGCAAACCAGUUUCCCUUGCUUGGGUAUCACAUGCCUUUUGGGUUUUCCAUCCUGAACAAAUACAGUUGCAUGGCCCAGUGUGUUGGCCCCAUUGCAGAUGUGACAGUAGAGACAGGUUAAAUAAUUAAGCAGCUGUGAGGAUAUGUUUGCUGUGGCUUUAAAUCUGUAACAGGAAGCUAGGCAAGGGAGCGGGGCUGGGUAAGAUACUAGGUAGAAGUUCAGCAGCAAAGCAGAGAGAGAGAGAGAAUGGCUUUAGGGAUAAUACCGUUUUCCUCGCUCUAAUAAAGUUCCUCGUUCAGCGGUGGGAGAAAGCAACUCUAUCUCUGAUUGGUUACCACUGUCACAUGCCAGUUCCUUGUUCAGUGUUAGAAGAAAGGACUCUCUCUCUCUCUUUUCUUUACCACUGUCACGUGAUGAGGGCUGCUGCUGCAGCUGCCUGUUUUCUGCCCAGGAGUCCAGACUGAGGAGCUGCUGCUUCCCUCCUCUCUUCUCUACAGUAUUUGCCUUAUUUAAAGACCCUUCUGUUACUAGCCAAGCUGGGGACUGUCUCGGACCGUAACUAGCCUCUUAGGGGAAGCCCCGGACUCUGCGGACACUAACUCCUGAGCCGGAGACUCCAGGUGAAAUGUCCCCUCAGCAAAGAGAGGGACUGGGUUUUAAACCUUAGAGAGAUCUGCUUAGCAAAUCCUUGGUGAAGAUGUGACAACCCCGGUCUUGCCCAUUUCUCCUCCCCUGAGCAGGAUUUCCCAUUCCCAAAUAAGACAUGAUCUCCAUCCGGGAACAAGAGGAAGAGCCAUGGAUCCCUAAUCUCCAGAGCUGCGAUGAAAAGGAGAUGCUGAGUGGCACCUGCGCAGAUCCCCUUCCUAAGGCAUCUUUUCUCUCCAAUGACUCGUCUCUGGAUUCUCAUUUCAAUGCACCAGGUGAUGGGAUUAUAAGUGAGAAUGAGGAGUAUGCCCACCAGGAAGGUCCUGAGUUAAUGGAACCAUGUGGCACAUUAUCAGGAAUAUCCCAAAGGAAUAUUUUCCAGAGUCCUGAGCAGAGCAAAGCCUGUGAGGGUCAGCACAGAUCAGAAAGGCAUCAGACAACUGCUCCAGAGAAGAGACAGGGUAAAUCAACUGUUUGUGAAAGAGGUUUCAGGAAACUGCCAGACAUUGACCAGCUGGGAAACCGCACUAUGGGGAGAUCAGCAAUAUGUGAUGACUGUGGGAAAAGCUUCAGGGUGAGCUCAAACCUCAGACAGCAUCAGAGAAUCCACACCAGAGAGAAACCCUUUGGAUGUGCCGAAUGUGGGGAAAGCUUCCGGCAGCGCUCGCACCUUAUUCAGCAUCAGACAAAGCACACGGGGGAGAGACCUUAUGAAUGUACCGAGUGUGGGAAAAGUUUUACUGUGAGCUCAAACCUUAUUCGGCAUCAGAUAAUCCACACUGGAGAAAAACCCUAUAAAUGUGCCGAGUGCGGGAAGAGCUUUAGUGGGAACUCACAGCUAAUCCAGCAUCAGAGAAUCCACACAGGUGAGAAACCCUAUGAAUGUGGUGACUGUGGGAAGAGCUUCAGUGUGAGCUCAGCCCUUACUCGUCAUCAGCGAACCCACACUGGAGAGAAACCUUAUGAAUGCACUGUGUGUGGGAAAAGCUUCAGUCAGAGCUCAGACCUUAUGAAACAUCAGCGAAUUCACACAGGAGAGAGGCCCUACGAAUGCACUGACUGUGGGAAGAGCUUCUGUGUGAGUUCUCAUCUUAUUCAACAUCAGAGAAUCCACACGGGAGAGCGACCCUAUGAGUGUGCCGAUUGUGGGAAAAGCUUCAGUCAGAGCUCAGACCUUAUGAAACAUCAGAGGAUCCAUACAGGGGAGAGACCGUAUGAAUGUGCUGAGUGUGGAAAGAGCUUUAGUUGGAGCUCAGCACUUAUCAAACAUAGCAGAAUCCACACAGGGGAGAGACCCUAUGAAUGCGCAAGGUGUGGGAAAAGCUUCAGUCAGAGCUCGCACCUUGUUCAGCAUCAGAGAAUCCACAUGGGAGGAAAUCCCUGAGACUGGGAUGAGAAUGGGGAAGGCUUUGUGUCAGAUAUCCCUCCCAACGGAUAGAAGCCAAGUGUGUUUCUUUGGGCCUGUAAGGCUCUGACCUGUUCAUAGAGAAUGAGAAGUGGAUUGUUGAGGAUGGAUUGUAGUUAGACAAAGAGGAAAGAUUGGUGCAGUGAGAUGAAUCGUGUAGAGGAAUAUGUGGUGGGAGCCAGAGGAGGAACCAGGAGAUGCUGGAGGGGAUGGAUCAUUUGGGGAGGGUGGGGGACCUGGUAGUGUAAUUAGGCGGAAGUCACUUUGACAGGGUAUUAAUAAAUACAUUUAGGAGGAAAGGUAAAAUUACCCAUUUCUCUGUGCACAGGGUGGGCUUCAGACAAGUUAUAGUAGGAAUUUCACAGUCAAGUGGGGACUUUAUAGGGACUGCUUGGCUUAUUGCUGUGGGAUGGAAUGAAACCUACUCCUGGCUCCAGUAGGGAGGGUCUUCUGGAGGGCAGAGUGGGGUGCAAAGAUUCUUUCCCAGCUCUGCCACUUACUUGUUCUACGACCUUAGGUAACUCACUCCACUUCUCCAUGCCUUUGUUUCCCCAUUUGUAAAACUGGGAUAAGAAUCACUCACCUCACAUACUAUUUAAUAUAGACUCAGAGUCAUAAGAAUUGGGGCCAUAUUAAAUUCUGCACAAAAAGGAAUAGAAUUGUUCCUGCCCAGAGGAAUUUAUAUAGUCUAAGAAACUAUAUUCUUUUUCUAGGAUUCUCUUCUCUUUGUUUAUAGGUGCUGGGGGGAGAGGGCGGGUUGAGACCUUUUUCACUUGUUUUUUAAAUUUAGUUUGACCUCAGUCUUGUUACUUAGGUUUUCAUAUUUGCCGUACAGCAAACCUAUGCUGAGUUCAUUAGACUCAAGCACAUGGAGUGACUAUAGGAUGUACCACACAUUUAAAGUUACACAUCAAACCUCUUUUAUAUACAAUUACACAUUACAUUACAUUUACUAUAUGUUGCAUUACAUGUUUUGAGAUUGGCUUGGUUACUUUGUAGGAACUGUACAGCAGGGAUGGGGAAACUUUUUGGUCUGAGGGCCAUAUCUGAGUAUAGAAAUUGUAUGGCGGGCCAUGAAUGCUCGCAAAAUUUGGG